CCUCUGGGCAGAGAGCUUUUUUCUCAGCAGUGAAGUCAGUCGCUGUUCAGUAGAAGUUUGGUCAUGUCUGGACUGCAGGGUGUUGGACUGUUGCUGCUGUGGGGCAGCGUCUGCCUCUGGCUGCCCGGCCUGGCCCGCGGGGCUCUGGUCAUCUCCAGGGACCACAAAGCUCUGCAGGAGACAAGCGGAGCUGCCAGAUCAUUGCAGAAAAGAAGUACACCUGACGCCAAGGUGGAGGUGUACAGCGUGAAAGUGGAAUGCACUGUGAUGUCUCGUUUCGCCCACACCGUCAUGACCUCCAAGGCUCUGAACAAAGCAGGCUCCGCCCAUGAAAUCUUCUUCGAAGUGGAUCUGCCAAAGACCGCCUUCAUCGUCAACUUCAGCAUGGAAAUUGAUGGUCAGAUGUAUGUUGGGGAGGUGAAGGAGAAAGAGAAAGCCAAGAAACAGUAUGAGAAGGCUGUUUCCUCUGGACAGACUGCUGGACUGGUGAAGGUUUCUGGAAGGACGAUGGAGAAGUUUUCAGUGUCUGUCAACAUCGCAGCUGAAAGUCAUGUGACUUUCGUUCUGACCCACGAGGAGCUCCUUCAGAGGAAACUGGGCCAGUAUGAGAUUAUGACCCGGGUUAAACCCAAACAACCGGUCCAGGAGUUUCAGAUUGUGACAAACAUCUAUGAGCCUCAGGGCAUUGCUUUUGUUGAUGUCUCUGGAACCUUCCUCUCCAACGAGCUGCUUCCCCUGGUGGGGAAAACCGUCACAGACAAGAAGGCAUACAUCUCUUUCUCACCAACUAUGGAUCAGCAGAAGAAGUGCGCAGGUUGUGAUGGGACACUCAUCGACGGAGAUUUUAUCAUCAAGUAUGACGUGAACCGAGUAGAGGGCCUCGGGGACAUUCAGAUUGUGAACGGAUACUUUGUGCACUUCUUUGCUCCGCCUGACCUAACCAGAGUACCAAAGAAUGUGGUGUUUGUGAUUGAUACGAGCGGAUCAAUGUAUGGAAGAAAGAUGGCACAGACCCGAGAGGCAUUGCUGCUGAUCCUCCAAGACCUCCAUGAGGAUGACCACUUUGCCCUCGUCCAGUUUGAUAGCAGAAUUGAGGUUUGGAGGGAAUCACUUAGCAAAGCAACCGAGGAAAACGUGUCUAGAGGCAUGAAUUACGUCAGAAGAAUAGAUGCCGGCGGAAUGACCAAUAUCAAUGAUGCGGUUUUGAAAGGCGGAAACAUGCUGCUCAAAGACAGGCGGGAGAAGAGGCUCCCAGAGAGGAGCGUCGACAUGAUUAUUUUACUGACUGAUGGAAUGCCAACUUAUGGAGAACGUAACCUCCAGACGAUCCAGGUGAAUGUUCGUUCUGCCAUCGAAGGAGCAACGUCUCUGUACUGUCUUGGAUUCGGAAAUGAUGUGGAUUACUCCUUCCUGGAUGUGAUGAGCAAAGAAAACAAUGGACUGGCCCGCAGAAUUUUUGAGGCUUCAGAUGCAGCCAUUCAACUUCAGGGUUUCUAUGAGGAGGUGGCCAGCCCUCUGCUUUUAGAGGUUGACCUGCGUUAUCCUGUGAACUCAGUGGACUCCCUGACCACCAACCACUACAGCCAGUUGUUUAAUGGCACAGAGAUUGUGGUGGCCGGUCGGCUGAUAGAAAAAGACCUAGACAACUUCAUGGUGGAAGUGCUCGGCAAAGGGUUUGAAGAGGACUACAAGGUGGAGGGCCUGGCCAGUGCUCUGGAUUUUGAUGUGAUGUACCCAGAUGAGCAGUACAUCUUUGGGGAUUUCACAGAGCGUCUGUGGGCUUACCUCACCAUCCAGCAGCUACUGGAGAAGAGCAAGAGUGGUUCUGCAGACGAGAAAGCCAACGCCACAGCCAAGGCCCUGGACAUGUCCCUGCGAUACAGCUUCGUCACUCCUCUCACUUCCAUGGUGGUCACCAAGCCUGAAACUGAGGACGGAACAGAACCUCCUCUCAUCGCUGACAAGCUGACUGAAGAACAAAGACAGCAGGCAGAAAGAAUGUCUGGAUCAAAACCAUAUGUACAGCCUUAUUAUCCACCAGUAGCACCCGCAUAUCAACCUACAUAUUUUGUGGAUGGAGAUCCUCAUUUCAUGAUCGAGCUCCCUGACAGAGACGACGCGCUGUGCUUCAACAUCAACGAAGUACCAGGAACCAUUUUCAACCUGGUCAGAGACCCAAAACAAGGUAUUUUGGUCAAUGGCGAGAUCAUCGGAGACAAGAAGAUUGCCCCUGAUGGUAAAAUUGUCACCUACUUUUGGCGUUUUGGCAUCGCCCACCAGACUCUGGGGGUGAGGCUGGAGGUGAGCACUCAGGACAUCACAGUGCUCCAGGAUGGCAAACUGGUCACACUGCUGUGGUCUGAUACAGCUUCUGUCAAAGGACCCAAUGUGGAUCUUCUAUUGACCAAGGAUCAGAGCCUAACAGUAUCUCUAAAGGAUUCUGUCAAGUUUGUCGUCCUGCUACACAAAGUGUGGGCGAAGAACCCGUACCACCGGGACUACUUGGGUUUCUACACCCUGGACAGCCGCCUCCUGUCCCCUUCUGUUCACGGCCUGCUAGGUCAGUUCUACCGUGGGAUUGAAUAUGAGGUGUCAGAACUGCGUCCAGGUAAAGUCCCAGAGCAACCAGACGCCACCAUGUUUGUGAAAGGACUGGAGCUCAAUGUGACCAGAGGCUGGCAGAGAGACUUCAGGCAGGAUGUGAAGAACGGAGAAAAUGUUCCCUGCUGGUUCAUUCACAAUAAUGGAAUAGGCCUCAUCGAUGGAAAGGCAUCAGACUACAUUGUGUCAGGCCUUUUUAAAACAGUUUAAAAACAGGUCACACAUCAUCAAUGUCUACCACAGAAAUGAUCUAAAUCAAAUUUAUACAAUUCAUAUUCAAAUCUGCCUGUACUCACGCCAUGAAUGAUCUAACAUUUUGCACCCAAACAGGCUUCAUUCACAGCAUUGUGUGGACAGUUUCACGGUUUCUAUCACUGUAAUUGCUGGAAUGAUAAGAAUGGGAAGUAACGCCAACCCAAAAUAGUGAGAGGACCUGGGAGAAAGCCUCAGCGAUCACUUGUACUGAAUUAAAUCUUAAAGAUGGACUCAA